CAAAAGUAUAUGGAUGUUGUCCGUACAAUAUUUCAAAAAUUCAGAACAACCAAAAACAAAAGUAUCUAAAGAUGAAAACAACAGCAGCAACAGAAUUAGCACAAAGAAUAAGCAGAACAAUAAUCACAACCUCAAAAAAAAAUAACACAAAACCCAAACAUCAUCAUUAUUCAUGGAACUCACAAAUCGAACAAACCCUUCACAACAACCUUAACAAUCACAAUCUAACACCAUCACUUGUUUCAUCAAUCAUUGACCCUUUUCUCCUCGAUCAUCAUUCUCUAGCUUUGGGCUUUUUCAAUUGGGCUUCUCAACAACCAGGCUUUACCCACACUUCAUCAACCUUUCAUUCCAUUCUCAAAUCACUUUCUCUUGCACAAAACCAUUCACAUUCACAUUCUCUUCUUUCACUUCUCAAAAAAGCUCACUCUUUUAAUUUCCCAAUUCACCCUUUUGUUUACCGUUCUGUUAUAACUACCCACAUUUCCCGGAACAAUUUAAAUCAAGCAUUUUUAAUCUUUAAUGAUGUUGUUGAAUUACGAUUAAUCGAUCAAAUCGGUGCUGCUACGUGUAAUUCGCUGUUAGCUGCACUUGGUUCUAAUGGUAAUGAUAAUGCACGUAAGGUGUUUGAUGAAAUGAUUGUUAAGGGUGUUCCGUUUAGUACGUUGGGUUUUGGUGUUUUUGUUUGGUGGGUUUGUAAGGAGGGUGAUUUGGGGAAUGUGAUGAGUUUAUUGGAUGAGGUUGGUGAAUGUGGUUUGGAGAUUAAUGGUUCGGUUGUGGCGGUUAUAAUUGUUAAUGGUUUGUGUGAAAUUGGUAGGGUGAGUGAGGCGAUGAUGAUGUUGUCUGAGUUGAGGAGUAGAGGAUGGAAGCCUGAUUUUAUGGCGUAUUGGGUUGUUGCCAAGGAGUUUAGGAAAAUGGGGAAUGUGGUUGAUGAGAUUAAGGUUUUGAAGAUGAAGAGGAAGUUGGGUGUGUCUCCGAGGAGUGGUGAUUAUAAAGAGUUUAUAUUUGAAUUGGUUUCGGAGAAGCGGAUUUUGGAAGCUAAGAUGAUUGGAGAGGUUAUUGUUGGAGGUAAUUUUGUUGUUGAGGAUGAUGCUUUUAAUGUGUUGAUUGAAUGUGUUUCGGAUAUUGAUCCUGUUGGGGCGAUUGUGUUUUUUUAUUAUGUUGUUGAGAAAGAGAGGUUUUUGAGUAUUUCGAGUUUGAAUAGAUUGAGUAUGAAUUUGUGUAGGGUGGGUAAAGUGGAUGAAUUGUUGGAGGUGUUUCGUGUUUUGGAGUGUAAGAGUUACUUCAAGGAUGUUGAGGGUUACAAUGUGAUGGUGUCGUGGUUGUGCGAAGCUGGAAGAGUGAAAGAAGGCUAUGCUGUUCUUCAGGAGAUGAAGAAGAAAGGGUUGAAUCCCGAUGUCUCCUCUUAUAAUUAUGUGAUGGAAGCGUGUUGUAAGCAGGAUCUACUUCGCCCUGCAAGGAAGCUUUGGGAUGAGAUGUUUGCCGGUGGAUGUUGUGGGAACGUGAAAACAUAUAAUAUUUUGAUUCGUAAGUUUUCGGAAGAGGGACAAGUUCAAGAGGCUCAGAUGUUGCUUAACCGCAUGUUCGACAAGGGAGUAGAACCCGAUAGUUCAAGUUACACUUUUCUUUUGCAAGGACUAUGCCAAGAGGACAUGCUUGAAGAAGCUUUUGAGCUCUAUAGCAAGGCUGCUAAACAGGAUAUCACCGUUGCAAGAGACAUAUUGAGCUCGUUUAUAUUAUCACUCUGCAAGAAAGGACAUCUGACAGCUGCUUCCAAAUUACUCUGCAGUCUCAGUCAUGAUAUAGGACGUGCAGAAUCCCACGUAAUUUUGUUGAAAUGUUUGGCAGAUGCAGGACAGAGUCCAAUUGCUAUUCAGCAUUUGAGUUGGGUUCAGGACAAAUCACCUUCAAUGCUUCAAGAUAUAUGUACUGGACUUUUAGCUUCCCUUUCGGUUUCUAAAUGCCCAGAGCCGAUAUUACAGUUUCUUCAAAGAAUGCAAGGUGUGUUUUGAUCAGUGAAGUUCAAUGUAAAUUGCAUCUUAAGAAUCUAUUUUUGAAUUUACCUUUAAAAAGGAACAGUUUCUUAAUUGAAUUUUUACUCAACAAAUGUAAACAUUAUGAAAUUUCAAUUUUGAUUCAUUAGAACAACAACAAAUGUCGCCUUUUCCGACAGUGACUUUAAAAUUUUGAUCUGCGGUGGAAAUGUCUUUGCAGUUUGACAAUGCUACAAACACUGAAUUCUCCUCAGAUGUGAACCUUGUAAUAACAAAGGCAUCCAUGUCCUCCAAUGUGGAGUGGUUCAUGGAUGGUAACUUCCUUUCUUCACCUUUGGCAGGCUAAAGGAAGGUUUAUUUAAGUGGAAUGGACAGUGGAGGAAGAACAUGAUCAUCAUUGAUUGCAUUGAUGUUUACUUGUUGGUUCCUGACAAAAUUGUUGUAUGAUCCUGCUGUAUCCAUCUUGCGGUGACACGGUUUGAAGUGCAUAUAUUGGAAGAUCAGAGUGCCAAACAAUUUGGAAGCUCUGUAAAAUUAAUUUCGACUACAAUUAAGCUGAAAGUAAAGUGAUUUAUGUUUGAAUACUAUCGGACGUUUAGCUUAGCUUCUACACUAUCUAGCAAAUAACUAACUGAAAAGGUUGGUUAUGCUAGCUGUAUUAGCAACUGGAUAGUGCCAGUCAAAAAUAUGUGUAACCUGCUAUUGCAGAUAACUAGAAGUGGAUCUAUAAAUGUAAUGCUUCAAUCAUUUGUAACUAACUUCAACAGAAAUGAAAACAAAAACUUUAUCCUUCUACCUUUCUUAA